AAGAAAUGCUGACAACAACUCUUAGUGGCAACUAUGGUUUCCCUCUCUGCAUCUCUGGGAUCGCUCAGCACUUAUCUCUCUCCAAAGAAAUGGCAGAUCAUGACAAGAGAAGGAAGGUGAUGAUGAGGAGAAGGAGAUCAGAUGAGUCCAGGAGCCAUGGUGAAGAAGAAAUGGUGGGUGUGGAGAGAUUGGAUGAGCUAUUAUUGCUUCAAGAGACUGAGGAUGUUAGAGAUCUAGUUGCUUUAUUACAAGAUCUAGUGUCAUGGAGCUUUUCUUCUCACAUAGCUAAAGCUGCUUAGUGUUAAGAUCUUCUUAACCAAGUUGUGUAUGUUUCUACUAAAACUGCAGAUCAAGAAUAGUUAGCUGACAAAGAAAAAAACUUAAAAUAUUCUUAAUGCUUUUCACAGUCGUUUGUUUACACGUUUUAUUUGUCGUUGACGUGGAUGUUUUGCUGCCUCUUUUGGCCUUAUCCUGCUGUUUUGGUUUAUAGUUCCAUACCUUUCUUUGUUGGAUGAUGGUUCCAUAUGCUUUAUCUUAUUAAAGCUUACUUGUCGUUUGC